GAUUCUAUUUUGAACUACAAUUCCCUGCACCAACAAGAGAACUGCGUGUUUUUAAUUAUUAAUUAUCCCUCCGCGGCCCCCAGAGGAGCUUGAAUACAGCACAGGAGGUAAACAGAGCUGAGGAGCUCCGUGAAAAGGGGCUGUUUUAAGCAAAUAUAAGUAUUUUUGAGAAAAGGUACUGGAAAAAUGAGCUCUUAUAUCAGUUCUAGUCACUCUUCUGUGCAUUUUUAGCGGGUAUUGAAGCAUAUUUUACCUAAUAAUUAAUUAUUUCUGCCCCGGUCGGGUUAUCAGCUCUGAGGUACAGCCGUUUCAGCACCAAAACACUACAUGUGACUGAGCCUGAAAAUGUGUGUUCAUGUGCUGUAUUUACUUCUGUUUCAUAUUUUAUAGAUAUAUGUGCAGUUACAGAUGCUUAAUAAUCGACUGGGAUUAUUUUUGUUGUGUAUGUGCAGAAAUGAAAAUAUUCUCCUGAAAUUCAUCACCAACAACCAGGAUAUUUAUUAAAAGAUCAAAGUUAAACUGCAGAAAGAGGUGAAGCACAAGCAAUCCUGAAGAAUCUCCAGAACACGCAGAAAUUGUUUGAUGCAGACAAAUAAAGCAAAGUCCCAACAUGGAGAGAUAUCAGCACUCUGUCAAGAGUUUUACUAAACAGAGUGAUCUAAAAAAACAUCAGCGCAUUCACACAGGAGAGAAACCACAUCACUGCUCAGACUGUGGGAAGAGUUUUACUAAACAAAGUGAUCUCAAAAUACACCAGCGCAUUCACACAGGAGAGAAACCUUAUCACUGCUCAGACUGUGGGAAGAGUUUUACUAAACAAAGUGAUCUCAAAAAACACCAGCGCAUUCACACAGGAGAGAAACCGUAUCACUGCUCAGACUGUGGGGGGAGUUUUAAUCGACAGAGUCAUCUCCAACAACACCAGCGCAUUCACUCAGGAGAGAAACCGUAUCACUGCUCAGACUGUGGGAAGAGUUUUAAUCAACAGAGUAAUCUCAAAAUACACCAGCGCAUUCACACAGGAGAGAAACCGUAUCACUGCUCAGACUGUGGGAAGAGUUUUAAUCAACAGAGUCAUCUCAAAAUACACCAGCGCAUUCACACUGGAGUAAAACCAUAUUACUGCUCAGACUGUGGGAAGAUUUUUACUACCCAGAGUGAACUUAAACAACAUCAGCGCAUUCACACAUUAGAGAAACCAUAUCACUGCUCAGAUUGUGGGAAGAGUUUUACUACACAGAGUGCUCUCAAAAUACACCUGCGCAUUCACACAGGAGAGAAACCGUAUCGUUGCUCAGACUGUGGGAGGAGUUUUACAGCACAGAGUAAUCUCAAAAAACACCAGCGCAUUCACACAGGAGAGAAACCGUAUCACUGCUCAGACUGUGGGCACAGCUUUAAUCUACUGGAGACUCUCAAACUGCAUCAGCGCAUUCACACAGGAGAGAAACCGUAUCACUGCUCAGAUUGUGGGAAGAGUUUUAAUCAACAGAGUCAUCUCAAAAUACACCAGCGCAUUCACACUGGAGUAAAACCAUAUUACUGCUCAGACUGUGGGAAGAUUUUUACUACCCAGAGUGAUCUUAAAAAACACCAUCGCAUUCACACAGGAGAGAAACCGUAUCGUUGCUCAGACUGUGGGAGGAGUUUUACAGCACAGAGUAAUCUCAAAAAACACCAGCGCAUUCACACAGGAGAGAAACCGUAUCACUGCUCAGACUGUGGGCACAGCUUUAAUCUACUGGAGACUCUCAAACUGCAUCAGCGCAUUCACACAGGAGAGAAACCGUAUCACUGCUCAGACUGUGGGAAGAGUUUUACUACACAGAGUGCUCUCAAAACACACCAGCGCAUUCACACAGGAGAGAAACCGUAUCACUGCUCGGACUGUGGGAAGAGUUUUAAUCGACUGUGGACUCUCAAACUGCAUCAGCGCAUUCACACAGGAGUAAAACCGUAUGAGUGCUCAGACUGUGGGAAGAGUUUUACUACACAGAGUGAUCUCAAAAAACACCAGCGCAUUCACACAGGAGAGAAACCGUAUGAGUGCUCAGACUGUGGGAAGAGUUUUACUACACAGAGUAAUCUCAAAAUACACCAGCGCAUUCACACAGAAGAGAAACCGUAUCACUGUUCAGAUUGUGAGAAGAGUUUUGCUACACAGAGUCAACUUAAAAAUCACCAGCGCAUUCACACAGGAGAGAAACCGUAUCACUGCUCAGUCUGUGGGAAGAGUUUUAAUCAACAGAGUCAUCUCAAAAAACACCAGCGCAUUCACACAGGAGAGAAAACUGUCCCAAAUUUGUUCCACGGCAAUAAAAAGCGCAAAUCGUAAAUCUUUCAAAGAACACCUUAUCCUACACAAAUGUUUCACUUUGUCACUUGGGAUACGUUCCACCAGAAACAAACAUGAACUGAAUUUAACAAUGGAUUUUACAGGUUCAGCAAAAUGAAUCUGAUCCAGCGAUGAUGUUUAUUAAAUUUAAUGUUAUGUUUUCUCGUAUGUUUGAAUAUUCCAGGACAUUCUUCGUGAGUUUUUAGGUCAGUUUUUAGGGUAGUUACGGUAGGAGUUCAGUUCUGAAGAAGGGAAGGUUGUUUAAGUUCGAGUGAGGGCACUGCCAGUGUUUGCACCAAAUGUUAGAUUAGCAUAAUUUAGUCUUUAAAAUGUAGAUGUUGUUAGGAGUACAGUAGGAUUCGUUAGUCUGCAACUAAGCAUUUUGGAUCAAACCUUCAGUGCUUAUGCCUAAAAGGUUUUGAAUGCAUUUAAUCGCUUUUCUAGUAUAUACAGAUUUAAUUAUUUCCAUUAAUUUCCAAUAUCUCUGUUUUUCCUCUGUGGAAGCCGUCCUCAGUUCCCCAAGCUUAGCAUAGCUUAGUUCAUGCUAUCAACUGCCAGGCCGCCCAUAUGAAAGGAUAAGGGGAAAACACCACCUGAGGAACUCCAGAGAGAGUGUGCUUCCAAAAGUGUGACCCAGAGCCACAGAGAAACGACACUGUGCCGGGUGGAGCAUUCAGACCCCACAGAGAGGCCAACAAAAUCUUUUCCAGAGGUUAAAUAAAAUGCUCCAGCCGUAGUUCUCACACUGAAAUCAACCCCCUCCAGACCUGUAUAGCGCAGUAAAGUUGCUGGCUCAUUUAUUGCCCCUGCUGUUGUUCUCUCUGUUACCAUAGAGGGAUAUUUGGUUAAUGUUUAACUCAAGUUUUUAACUCUUUUUCUUAUUAGAUAUUGUAUCUUGCUUAAGACUUUUUAAUCUCCAAAGUUACUAAGAAUAUCCAAUUAAUUUAGUUCAUUGAUUGUUUUUUAUCCAGUAACAACUAUUAUCCUUGCAUUGCUUCACAUCUAUAUUUACUAGGGGUGCAGUAAAAAAUCGAUUGGAGCUUACAUUGAACGAUUCAGAAUCGAUUCUCAUUUUCCUAAAAACGUGUUUUUUGGGUGAAGCUACUGUCGCGCUGAGCUUUUUAACUGUCCUGCGGAGCUCUUUAACUGUUAAAAAGCUCUGCGCGACAGUAGGUGAACUCCCAGUUAGGCAACAGAGGGGUGUGCAUGCUAAAAGCUAGUGUAUUUAGUAUCUUCUCUGCUUGUUACAUAAUUAUAGCCUAUCUAACGUUCCACUCUUGACCUUGUGGCUGUUUGAGUUUUUUUUCCAGUUUUAACAAUGUCUACCUUUUAGAAAUGAAUACAGGAUUAGUCAACCAUGCUAGAAAUUAAUCAUUCAUUAUUGUGGCACUGUCACUAUAUUGCAAAAAUAUUUUAUACAGUAAGGAACCUAAGUUUAUUGUUUGAAAUAAAUGUUCUAUUUGUUUAAAUUGUCCUUUCAUCUUUUUAUCUUCUCACAUAAUUUAAACAAAAUUUAUAGGCAAUUUGAAUUGAUAAAUCAUUCUAGAAUCGAAAAUCGUUUCUGAAUCGAAUCUUGACCCCAAAAAUCGGAAUCAAAUCAAAUCGAAACACUGAGAGAUUCAUACCCCUAAUAUUUACUCGUGUGUGUUUCAAUAAAAUGCUUUUAUAUUGCAAGAUCUGCAAUCUCGUGUUUUCUCACUAUAUGGUUGAUAACCUUUCUGUGACCUGGAACCUAUCCAUCCUGAGCCUGUUUUAUGUUAUUAUUUGGUGAAGGGUGUGAUUGGAGAUAACCACACCUGCACACUCUUAUUUUUAAAUGUUUUAUACAUUUAUAUAUACAGUUAUUAUUUUUGUGUUCACUUAAUAAUUUAUUUAAAAACUGCUCUCUUUUUAACUGUCACAAUGACGCAGGGCUUUGGAGGUUGUUUGUACUUUUUCAGAAAUCAGGAAGGUCAGAGUGUUUUCAUCAACAGGGAGAGCUGUGAGGAGAACGUGACCCUGAGUGGCAGAUAAGCUUCACUGCUGUUCUGGGACCAGUGCAUAUGAACUAGGAGACAACAAGCUCUCUGAGUGAAGUGCUGGGAACCUCUCCUCAGAUAUCCAGCGCAUGCCUGUUCUACACGCCGUAAAGUCGCACACAGGCCAGAAGAUCUUCCCAUCCACUCUUUUCCUCUGUUUCAUCUUCUCACAGACUUUAGGACACAAAAGGAUUGUUUGGAACACAAGGACUGUCUGCUGUGUUCAUGAAGGACACAGAGCUGAACAACAUCAUGAUAAGAACUUGUUGCUCAGACAGGCUGGAGCUGAUAACAUCAUUGGAACAACAAGCUGUUAACUGGACUGGAUAAAUGUAUAACUGCUUGGAUUAAGUCUGGAGGGCUCCCUCUCUUUCUCUCUCUCUGGGUUGUGAAUGUGUUGAUCUAUCACGAUUUUAUUACACUAUGUGUUCACUCGUUGAUGUACUUUUACUCUUUUCUAAUAUAUAUUUAUAUAUAUAUGUAAUGCUGAAACUAUGCUUUUUCCAGUGAACUUUCAUACAUUUUAAAUUCUAA